ACCCUACUGAGCGAGUGGUACGUUCCCGAUCUGUCGUUUGCCUUGAGGGCAGACGUAGACCGUACAUUUAUCCCAACCUCAGUUCAGUUGCGGGCUUCAUCCUACAUAGGAUGUUGUAAUUCUUAAACGUUUAGUGCAAAAUCUACAACCGCAAUCUGUAGAAAAGUCAAGAUUUACUAAAAAAAAAACAGCAAAAGUGCGCGGCAUACAGCCGUGCUACACGCUUACGUUUUGGUAUAUGUAUGUGACGUAUAAAAAGUUCUGGAAAUUGUUAAACGUCCGAACAAGAUGAGGCUCGAUUGAACUAUUCGAAAUUCACUUUUAUCAAUCAAAAUGCCAUCAGGCCAACAAGACGAUCAAGAAGGAAACUUAAGCCGUUAUCUUGGCGAUUCCCACGACCAAACUGGGUCCGAUGUCCAUUUAUCCGUUAAAGAACAAGCGGCGCAAUUUGAAAGAUUGAGUCGUGAACUAGAAACUGAAAGACAAACAGUUGUUCAUCAAUUGAGUCGGUGUCAUUUGGGAGACAGGACAGAUAAACCUGUAUCAGGAGUAGAGACAUCAUACCAUUGGAGAACUCAUCCAGAAGCAGCUGCUCCAGAGGAUACCCACUUAGAAGCAAAGAUGACUGAUUCUCAUAUGCGAUACUAUUCAGAUCGUGGUUCAGAAAUAAUCCAUCAUUACAUUCCAUAUACAGAUGCAUAUUAUAGUCAGGAAGGAAUUCAGCCUCCUACACAAGAGACUUAUGGUGUUGGCUACCAGCCAACUGCCACACCCACCAAUGGUCACCAUGGAGAUGGCAACAUCUCUCCUACAUCUUCCCAGUUGUCAGUGCCAGGCGAAAAUGCCACAUUGAUCAAUCGCACCACCCCACAGCCAAAAACACAGCAGCAACAAAAUAAAAGGAAUCAAAAUUUACCAUAUGGAAAAAUAUGUUUUGAAUUAGAUCCAUAUACAGAUGCAUAUUAUAGUCAGGAAGGAAUUCAGCCUCCUACACAAGAGACUUAUGGUGUUGGCUACCAGCCAACUGCCACACCCACCAAUGGUCACCAUGGAGAUGGCAACAUCUCUCCUACAUCUUCCCAGUUGUCAGUGCCAGGCGAAAAUGCCACAUUGAUCAAUCGCACCACCCCACAGCCAAAAACACAGCAGGUAUAUAAAAGUUACUAA